AUGAACUUUUUGAAAAGUUUUGAUUAAUUUGGUGUUUCUUAUCAAUAGGAGAUAUUUAAGAAUGAAAAGCAAUUUAAAAGUGCUUUUGGUGGAAUAACAUCGCUUUUAUUAUACACAUUAAGUUUAGUGUAUUUUUUUUAUAAAUUGUUUCUUUGGUUAAAUGGGGACAUAUUACCAAGAGUUUCAAUUUAAAAAUCAACAUAAAAUUAUGCUGAUGUAUCAUUUGAAUAUGAUCCUAUUAUAUUUUAAGUUGUGGGAAUGAGUGGAGAUGAAUUUAUUGAUCCUUUUUCUAAAACUGAAAAUAUCAUUACGCCUUAUUUUUCUUAUGUUGAAGAUAUUAUGAUUUCUAAAAAAUAACUAAUGUUAGAUACAGUUUUACCUCCUUCUAGAAAAGGAAUUUCUUCAUCUAUUAUUCCUUAAGAUAUAACUCUAGUUCUUAAUUAAUAAGGUUUGAGUGAAGAUUCACCGAAGAAUUAAAAGUAAUUAAUGAUUUUGUUUGAAUUAUGUGACAAUACCUAAUAUGAUCAUUGUGCAAGUAAAGAAAAAUAAGAAAAUUUUUUUAAAUAACCUUUAAACACAUUUUUCUUAACAAUAUAAAUGCAAUAAUACAACACAAAAUUAAAGGAAUUUGAAAUGAUUUCCAAAUAACUUUAUUUUAUUUUGGAUCGAGAAACAGCUCUUUACACUUAAUUAUUAUUUAAAAUAACAACAUCUAUAACUGACACAGGUUUCUUUUUAGAAUCAAUAAAAAAUCAAAAGUUAAUUAGUGAUUUUCAAACAACAUCUUAAUAAUUACCUUAGAGCAAUUUUGAAUAAAGUUUUGGAAGCAAAUAUCUUGGAUUAUUUUUAAUAGGAGUAGAUAGUUUAUCUGAAACCUAAUAAAUUAUUUAUCCUAAAUUAGGAGAGAUAUUAGCUGAUGUAGGUUCUAUAAUGUCUACAUUAAUGAUGCUUAAAUUAAUAGUUAUCUAAAUUAAUUCUAAAAUUUUAGAAGAUACAUUAUUAAAUACAAUAAUUAGUUAUUAUUAUCCAGAAAUGUAAUAAGUUUCAUUUGAAAGAAAUUUUUUAGGUAGAAUUACUAAUGUUUCAAAAAAUGGUAAGGUAAUUUAAGAUAAAGUUGGUUUUCUAAAGUAUUAUGAACAACUAAAAGAUUUCACAAAAGAUAAACUGACUAUACUUAAUUAAAUAUAUGAGAUUUCCAGGAUCUAAUUUAUAUUAUUAUCAAUCUAAUCAAA